AUGGACCAAUUGGAUCGCAGCCUUCCAGUCCUACAUAUUUCGGGAACGCCCCUCCUUCCGUCCCACUCUUACGGAUUUCCAAGCGUGACCGACGUUUCGUGUCUUUUUAGACUUAAAAAUGCGUUACGUGGCCGCUUACCUGUUGGCUGUGCUCGGUGGGAACACCAGCCCCACGGCCAAAGACAUCAAGGCCAUUUUGAGCAGCGUAGGGAUUGAGGCUGAUGAUGAUCGCUUAAACAAGGUCAUUAGUGAACUGGAAGGGAAAAACAUCAAUGAAGUUAUGAAUUCAGGCCUCUCUAAGCUAGCCUCCGUACCAGCGGGUGGCGCUGUGGCAGCUCCUGCUGCUGCAGGAGGUGCCUCAAGCGCUGCAGCCGCACCUGCUGCUGCGGAAGAGAAAAAGGAGGAGAAGAAAGAAGAAUCAGAAGAGUCGGAUGAAGACAUGGGCUUUGGACUCUUUGAUUAAUCUGCCUUUACUUCUAAAAAGCAAUAAAGUAAAAGGUUUACGCAGAAAA